UAAAGCUUGAAUGAACUCACGCAGGGGCCCGAUAUUGGUGUCUGCUGCCUUGUCCUGCUCGAGACCCUUUGUUCUCAAAUACUUGCCCUGCGAGACUGCUUUGACGACAGAUAAUGGAGAUUUUCUUCCGGUGCAAACCCAGCGAUGAUGGAAGGCGCAGAGGCAAGCGCGUGCACGGCUCAUCGUGGGAUCGUGGAAGCUAGGGCAAACCGGCAUCUAUCGUUUUACCUGGGCCUGGCGAGAAUAGUAGGCCUGAAAGCUUGAAUCCUGUUCCAGCGACCCCGCCGGCACUGCUCCACUGGAAGACGGAGAAAAGGCUAGAAAUGCCAUUCAGAAUCUGGGCAGCUAGCCAGCCUCUGGUGUUCUUAUCAGCUCCUCCCCUGCCACCGAGCACCAGCCUCUACAGCCACAUCACAACCUCCUCCAGCCUCCCGAGCUGUCGUCUCCAGCGCACUUCAGCACAUAAAAGAGGAAUGCUUGCCACCCCGUCCGCUAGAUAUGUGCCAAGCUUGAAAACUUGGUUGGUAUACAUCGGUCGCGGACCACUCGGAACGCAUACCUGCUUACUACAACACCAUGAUCUCACUGACGGACAAAGCUCCUGCUGGCUCGUCCGUUAAGACAGGACCCUGCAUAUACCAGACUACAGACACCGUCACCAGCCCCUUGGAUAUGCUUUGUGUGACGUGAAGCUGGGUCUGCAGCUCAGCUAGGUAUGCAAUUGUCUAUUGCAUGACACAGCAUAAUGCCUUUGUCGUAGCGCAACCUUGACAGCCAUGGAACGUGCAGCUGGCGAUUGCCAUCUCCAAAUGUGGGAAUCUGGAGCAACAAGCGUUACUGACGUCACCAUGCACGAACAUCAAAAUCUGCGCAAAGUCUGGCUCGUUCCUGAGAGACACAUCACGCAAGGCGAGAGACAACGUGUUGCAACUUACCCACUGAUCAACAGGAGCCGAGCGGCAGCAUCGCUACACCGUUUAUUUCGGGCCUUCCAUCAUUUUGAGUUCAGCCGCACAUUCCCGUGGCUUGGCUGAGGCUCACUAGCCUCGAUGUCUCGAGAUUUUCGAUAUUGGCCAAGACGAACCUUGCAUGGCAGCAAAAUCCGUGGAAGAUCUGUAAGUAUAAGCUGGGUGUUUGCUUAUGAAGUAGUUUUCGACUGCCAUUCGUAUCUGUGGCUGCGACCAGGACACGAACAGACACAACACCAAUGAUGUGGGUGCACUGUAGCAAAUUACUCCUGAAACGCCAGGUGUGAAUCCUCUUUUAGACCACGGUGAAACGAUCUAGAGAAGCAUCCCAAUACAGACAUCUACUGUUUCGAACAAGAAGCGAUUAACCGACGUUGAACUGCAGCCAAGUGGUACCGGCCUUCAUUCCGAGGAGUUAUUGAGAGUCGUCCUGGAACCUGAUCUUCAUGUUGUACAGCGAUACCCGAUAUCCGAGACGCGUCGUCGUUGAACGCGCGUUGCUCAGACGAUGAUUACCUCUGCUAUGUAUCUGACAGAGCUCUGAUUGGGUACUGUGUAACUGCUGCUUCUCGCGGUCGGCUUACUCUUCCUGCGCAUGCUGGCCUAAUUCGCUUACCAACAGAUCGGAGGAACGUCUGCGAAGUCCUCGAUACUAGAAUAUUGCCAACAUCAUAACAACAUCACGCACGAAAGUGGAAGUGGACAUAACCAUUACUUACGUUGACGCUGGAGGACUCUAUUCCAGGAUGUCGGCGAUUGCAGAAGCAUGAGCAUCGUUGCUAAUGAGCACAGAUAUUGCUCAGCUGUAUUACCCAUCUCACCUCGGGCAGACUGGACGCAUAUAUGAAUCCCAGCGCAGGCCGUAUGAAAGUAGCGUGAUCGAGGGGCAAAGACAUACGCCACAGCCUCAGCUGCCAAAUUUGCACGGUCAUGGUUCGCUGGUAGCAUGUACUUAGAAUCAUUAUCUGGGCGCAUUUAGUGUUAAUCUAAAUGAUGAUCUUCCUAAUCUA